AUGACGUCAUCAGAUCCUUACGACCUACAACCACUAACCGCUGGACAUUUUUUAACGUUAGAACCAAUCGUUAGCAUGCCGACGCCAGAUACAAUUAAAACUCUACCAAAGCUGGGACUUCACCAACGCUGGAAACUAGUCCAACAACUGCAACAACAUUUUUGUGAACGUUGGCAGCAGGAAUCUUUGCAUACUAUCCAAACCAAAUCCAAAUGGAACAAAAUUGAAACCAACCUGGCUCAGGGGACCUUGUGA